UUCUGUACUUGUUGGAACUUCCCAUGCCGAAGACGUCCCAGUAUUCGGAUCCCAUUCGAGAAUGCAUUGUUAGGACUGCGACAAAUGCUUGAGACAUGGCCCUGAUGAGACUACACGACUGUCGGAGGUUCCAUAGGGAUGACUCAGUUUCCGUUUCCAUGGCUGUCUUUGAUCUUUAAUAGCAAACUUUUCUAGCGUAUAAGUAUCACAUUCUGCUCGCGGGACUGAGAAACUCUUCACACAUAUUCACGCAAAUCUCCUCAAUCAACAUCAUCAAGUCAUCGAUCACCAACCAGCAUGGCACGAACAAAGCCGAACACGGCGAGAGAUGCGAGUGGACGAGCGGCUCCCAAGGCCAAAACGACCCCACGAGCUGCGGUGAAGAAGGUGAAUGCGAGAGCAAGAGCGAAGGCAAGGGAACCCACGCCAACCAAAUAUCCCAUUCGCAGGUUUCUCGCACAGCGCACGGCUCGAGAUGGAACAGUCCAGUAUCUCGUAGACUGGCAACCAGGAUGGGAAUCGCAAGACAACCUUGAGGGAGCACACGUCCAGGCUAAGGAUUGGGAAGAGGUCAAGCAGGAGAAGCAAACCAUCCAAUUCAACGGCGCCACGGUAAUGAAGUGUACCAACCAGACGGAAGACAACUCCCCGGAGAACGUGAAGCUCAUGGUGCUUACUGUUGUCAACAAGUUCAAGAAGUACAUGGCAAAAGACGCGGCUACGCUCGCUAGGGAGCUGUUCAGAGACGACGAUUGGGUAUUUGGAAGUACAAGGCAUGAUGAAGAUGCUGCAACCCUGGCCACGCAACAGCGCGACUCCAAACCGAGUGCGGCAGAGGUGUUGCGUCGUACAUACCUGGAGAUGCGAGCCCUAGGCCAGCACGAGUUCGUACAAGCCGACCUGCACUACGGCGCCAUCAAAGUCAGAUACAUCGGCCAGGUCGACACCUCCAUCAAGUCCAACCGCGACAGGCUGAUGAAGACCCGCAGCGCCUCUACCGUCCUGCAGUACCUCUUCCCCUUGUUCGACCGCGAACUAUCCACCAUGAGCCCUUCAACCUGGAAAAACGAGACGACACACAAGUACGCCGUACCGAUCAGCAGGGCAGUCGAGCGAUUCGCAACACACACGCCCUACCUGCUGACGCAAAUCUGGCCACUCUUCCUCACCCGCUUGUUCUUCACGUCGGACAACUUGACGAAGCUGUUCAAGAAGGUGGCUAUCGAGCUGAGAGAUGAGUGGGCUGAUGCGACGAGGGAUAUUCUUAUGAACACGUAUCAUGCUGAGUGCGAUUGGGAGAUGCGUCCGAUGGAUUGUGUGGAGCGCACGUACUUGCAGGCGAGAGACGAUAUGCAGUCGUGGGUGAAGAACAGGUAUGAUCGCGGUGGAUAUCUUGUCAGGGAGGGUGCAGAGAGGGAUGGCGAGAGCGAUAGGGAUGUGGAGAUGGAGGAAGUAGAUGAGUGAGGGCAUGAUGAUCGAGAUAGGAACAGGAAAGGUACGAAAGGGGCAUAUCAGAUUGGAGAUAUUUGAG